AUGGGUGAAGGCAAUUCAAAUAUUCAGUGCUUCAAUAAUCAAACAAACCACACUUCCCCAGUGGAUAUGGGUAAAGAUAAGGCAAAUAUUCAGACAAUCAACACUUCCCAAUUGGCUAUUAGUCAUCAAUAUGCAAAGGAUAGCACACAAACUAUCACUAGCAGCAUUGGUGUCAAUAUAGAUUCUCUUUUUUUUGAGAUGCAACAGUUAAGGUGUGAGAAUUAUUUGCUUCGUGAAAAAGUAUUCUUUGAGCUAACCCCAGAGUCUUUCAUUAAUGACGAUGAUAAAGUCAAAUUCUACACAGGUAUUCAUUCUUAUGGUGUACUGAUGCUUAUUUUCAAUAGCAGUAGUGGCACUAUAAAUCAUAACCACAAUAAUUGUCUCACCAAGUUUCAGGAAUUUGUGCUAACAUUGAUGAAAUUAAGGCUUAGUCUGCAGCUGCAAGAUCUGUCAUACAGAUUUAAAAUUUCACUGUCAACAGCCAGUAGAAUUUUUGAGAAAUGGGUUCGCCAUAUGGCUCACAACCUUAGACAAUUUAUAGUGUGGCCUGAAAGGGAGGACAUACAAAAAACUAUGCCUAAUUGUUUCAAGCGUUCCUUUGGUGCAAACACAGCAGUUAUUAUUGAUUGUUUUGAAAUUUUUAUUGACAAACCAUCAAGUCUACCUGCUAGAGCAAUCACCUGGUCACAAUAUAAACACAAUACCAUUAAAUUUCUUAUAGGCAUCACUCCACAAUGUACUAUAUCUUUUAUAUCUAAGGCUUGGGGUGGUAGGGUUAGUGAUAAAUACUUAACAGAAAAUUGUGUCAUUUUAAACAAACUUUCACCUGGAGAUUUAGUUUUGGCUGAUAGGGGAUUUACAAUAGCAGAUAGUGUUGGGCUUUAUUGUGCAAAGCUUGCUAUUCCUGCUUUUACAAAGGGAAAAAAACAACUAUCAGCUUUGGAAGUGGCUGAGACAAGAAAGAUUGCAAAUGUUCGGAUUCAUGUAGAAAGGGUUAUUGGGUCAGUUAGACAAAAAUACAAAAUUCAAAGUGACACUUUACCACUGGAUUAUUUAAAUGAAAAGGGCAAUCCUUUAAUAGAUGAUAUAGUGACCACUUGUUGUGCAUUGAUUAAUCUUUGUCCAGCUAUUGUGCCUUUUGAUUAA